AUGUCGUACAAUACACGAAAUUCCCAUUCCAGGGGCGACUAUCGCCCGCCUCCGCGCGAUUAUCGCAACGAUCGCGAUUCGAGAAAUCGAAAUGGCCCGUCUCGAAGGAACGCGUACCGACCACCUUCAUACAAUGCCGGCCGGAAUGAUCGCGACAACGAUGCACGAUGGCCUCGCGAAGGAGCUAAUGGAGACAGUUACCGUGUUCCACAGGGCGACUUCACCUUUCGUGUUGACAAACCCGCUGGCGUCCAGGAAGCCGAUACCUAUCGUCCGCAGACUCACCGAAAAGGACGCAAUGACGGCCACGAGCCCUCCCCGAAUCGUGACUCGCGCCCCGCGAAGAGAAACCGCACAGCGCAUGACAGCUCCAGUAGAGAUGGAAACAUCAACCAGCCAUUCCGGGACAACAGGUCCGCUCGCGGAGGACAUGGCCAUCGGCCCUGGCGCCCGUUCAUCGCCGCCGAGCGCGAGUUAUUGAAGGCUAACCAUACCACCGGCUCAGAGGUUGCCUUCUUCAAAACUGACGGUAGUGUGACCUACCGGCCCCUCGACGAACUGUCGGAUAGUGACGAGGCCGAGAUGGACAUAUCCGGAGACGAGGCCGAGCCAGCUGAGGGACCGUCAAGCAAGCGUGCUCGGACAGCUGUUGAACAAUCGGCUUCCGACAACAGCGCACCCAAGUGGUCCAACCCGGACCCCUACACGGCCCUGCCCCCGGAGAUGACGACGCAGGGGAAGAAGAAGGAUGUUGUGCAGAUGAUCCGCAAGGCCCGCGUGUCGACCCAAGAAGUCAGGACCUCCCUCCCUUCUGAGUCUGCCGACUUUAUCGCUCUCGACUUCGACGAUAGCGAUGCCGAGGAUGACGAUGACUACGAGCCGAAGGAGCCCGCGGCAUCGGCGGCCCCGUCGGUUGCUACUACUAAUAGCACCCACAGCGUGCAACUAGACCUUCGGUUGCCCCCCAAGCCUGUGUCUGCAAAGCUGGCAAAGGCCGCUGCACGCUUCCCGGAUCCCACCCCGGCUGCUUUAGGGAGUCGCAAACGGACUCAUGACGAUGAAAUCAAGAUGCCGCACACCAAGCUCAAGAGAGCUAUCACACACAAGGCCUCAGGUCGUGUCACAGACGAGUGGCUUCGGGAUCCUGAGCUGGAUCCGACCCCUUGGAUGAGGGCAGACCACUCACGGUCUGCCAACAUGGCUGUGUGGCUGCACAAAGAAGUCGUUGAUUUCUAUGACUACAUCCGGCCCCGUGAUUUUGAGGAGCGCCUGCGCGGUGAACUGGUUCAAGACCUGAAGAAGUUCUGCCGCAAGGUCUUUAAAGAUGGAGAGGUUUACCCUUUUGGGUCAUUCCCGUCGGGCCUCUACCUACCCACAGCCGAUAUGGACUUGGUCUUCAUGUCUGACGGGUACGCGAGCGGCGGCGGUGCCAAAUACCACACCAAGACGUUCCUGUACCGAUUCAGAGGGCAGUUAGUGAACCACAAGAUCGCUUGGGAAAACGAGAUUGAGCUCAUUGUCGGCGCCAAGGUGCCGCUAGUCAAGUUCAUUGAGCACAAGACUGGCCUCAAGGUUGAUGUCUCCUUUGAGAACAACACGGGUCUCACCGCCAUCAACACAUUCAAGGCAUGGCGAGAGCAGUACCCCGGAAUGCCCGCGUUGGUCACGCUUAUCAAGCACUUUCUCUUGAUGCGCGGCCUCAACGAGCCUGUCAACGGAGGCAUCGGAGGUUUCUCCGUCAUCUGUCUCGUGGUGAGUAUGCUGCAGAUGAUGCCGGAGGUUCAGAGCGGCAACCUGGAUACCAGACAUCACCUUGGUCAGCUGCUUCUGCACUUCUUUGAUCUGUAUGGCAACAGGUUCAACUACCAGACCAUUGCUAUCGGCCUGAACCCGCCGCGCUGGAUUCCUAAGCACCAAGUGACAGAGUUUGCAUACAAGAAUCACGACCGGCUAUCCAUCAUCGAUCCGAACAACCCUGCUAAUGACAUCGCCGGCGGAUCCAGCAAUGCUCGCACCAUCAUUUCUCACUUUGCGCAUGCGCACCAGCAGCUCACGCAGCGCAUGGCACAGCUCGCGCAGGACCCGAAUCGGGCGGGCCAGAGCAUCCUGGAAGUGAUUCUGGGUGGAAACUACUCCAGCUUUGAGAAGCAGCGCAACUACCUGGAGAAGCUGGCCAAAGAGGGUUAUCGACCGACGGGCCAACAUAACCGGCCAGCGGAGCAUGAGCAGAAGAAUCGGCCAGCCGGUAGCCACAACAGGCCAGCGAGGAGCCAGGCCGCGCACCCCCAGCGCCCCUCUCAACAAGGGAGGAACGGCGGCGGGGGGUCUCGAAAACGGAGAUGA